UAUUUCUAACUGGUUAAUAAGUAGAUAUAUACAGAGAAAUUCAUUAUAUAUAGUGGCUGCUCAGCAAACGCAAUUAAUACCUGAAUUCUACCCAAACUCAUUUUGUUUCUCAAUUCUAUGACUUUGAUCUUAUAAUAAUAUACAGUCCCCCUCAAUAUAUACACAGGCUAGGUUCUGUAAAAAUCCCAUUUCAUCCCAUCCUGACUAUUGACCAACUCAUGCCAUAAUUAUGGGCUCAUAAUGCUCAUCGUAUUAUUAUGGAUCAGCAACCCUGAGAAAAAUCAGACAGGAGACGCUAUGAAACAUGCAGAACAAUGCAAACACACAAUUCAAAAAUACAAUUAAUUAAACCUUAGAAAACCUGUAUAUUCAAAAAUGUGUAUUACGAACAAUUAAAACCAGAUGAGCCCAUCCAAAAUGCUUCAUGGGUGUAUGUUCUGCAUGAAUGAGAAGAGGUUGAGAUUUUUGUGAAAAAUGAAUGGAACAAACACUUCUGAACUUUUCCUAACUUUAUAAGUGUGAAAUUAAAUUUUAAAGAUAUGAUCAGAUUUUUUCUGAUUCUUGCUGCAAGAAUUGUGCUUGAAUUCCCUGAGAAAAAGACACACUGUAAUUAAGUCGGCUGUACAUAAAUGCAGGUAUAAUAGCUCCUCAUGUUAUAAACAUUUGAGCUUCUAAUUUUAAAACAUAUGGACAUUUUCCAAUGUAUUUUUAAUUGUAUUCUUUUUUCAAGCGUCUCUCUGUUGCAGAGCAAAGUUCACUCACAGGUGACCCAGUUGUUAAUGGGCAGUAAAACACACCUAAUAAAAAAGUAUCAGUGUAAAAUGCUUCUUGUAGUGGUGUUUGGUUUGGUUAUGGGAGGCAGUAACUGUAAAACAACUUAAAAUGAAACAAAAUAUAACAUACAUGAGCCUGACUGCUCAGACAGCUGAUAUCAGGAAACACUGUUACAUUUUGUGAAGUGUUUGAUUUGUAAAUAAUAUAUCUGAUUCAUAUAAAGCAAAAAUUCUUUUAUUUUAGACACAGAGAGAUUGUGAAUUCAUGCAAUUAUAUUAAUAUUUUAAUACCAGGUGUACUUCGGGGCCCUGACUUUACUACUUCUAGGUAACACUUAUUUUAAUACCAAUGGAGGUAAACUAAUAAGAGCCAUAGAUAUCAGUAUUUGAAAUAUUAAUACCAAGUGAAUAAUGGAGUAGAUGAGUGGCUAUCAGAGCUCCCAACCAACAGCAACAGGAAGCCUCACUGCCCAGAAACUAGGCUUGUGAUCGCAAUGUUGUAACUGGAAAAAAUCCCUGAUGUCUUAAUUUUGAAUGGAAGAUGCUGGAACAGAAAAACAACAAUUACGAGUUACAAUAAUGACAACGAGAAGUCACUGUGACCCCAGUCUUCUCCAACAUCAGGCACUUGAACCCAGGCUCCUGGUUGGAUCAUAGCUGUGGAAGGUGAACAGUGACGUUCCAUAACCUCACUCCGAGGUCAGGGCGAUCCGGAGCCGAUUCCAAAUGCAUGGGGUGCGAGCAGGACACACACAUUAAUUAUGGAGCAGUCAGUCACCUGUAUGGGCACCUUGGAGUGACCUGAACCAGGUGCCUUUGGACUGAGAGAGGAAAUCCACACACGUCCUGGGAGGAGCUGAAUGACGGAGCUGGAUUCGAACCCACGCCCGAAAAAACCUGACGCUGAGAAGCAGCAGCGUUGCCCGCUGCGCCACCGUGCGGCUUAGCGUUGUAAUUGAUGUCACACAGAGUACAGUAGAGUAGAGUACAAUCAGCACUUCUCCUGCACGCAGCUUUUCCGCCGAUAGGUGCCGCCAAAGUGCCACUUGCCCCAGCACUGCCUUGCCGGGGUACUUUGUAGCGCUGAAAGAGACUUUACCAGACCGGCGAUCCGCCACCUUCAUUGCAAUGGAAUCGAUCAUAGACAUACAUAGUAGAAAAAAAGCCGAGUUCCGCUACUUACAAACACGGCGAUCCGGUAGCUUGUUUCUCUCUGCAGAUGUGUGUUGUGUGUGUGUGAGAGAGAAGCUGCGUCGGUGCGUCAGGCCCGCCGCCGAGGGGGGGCACGCCUCUUCCGAGCGCCUGCGCCACCGCGGGGAGGGUGUGUGUGUGUGCGCGCGCGUGCGAGCGUGCGGCGUAGCGCGAGAAAACUCCUCGCUGCACUUACUGUACAUGAACGUCACUGAAGAAGCGGGCAGAAAAAUCAGAAGGAAAGGAGAGGGCGCGCCUCAAAACGCCCUCGCCGCCGCGACAACAAGUGAGUGCGAGCGGAGGCGCGAGGAAAGGACAACGGACUGGAAGCCCGCGCGGAUUCGGAGCCCAGCGCCGUUCGGACUUGGCCGCUCGCUCGGGGCUCCCAGGCUGCCAGCUUCGGGAUCCUUCCCGCUCGAUGCGCGCCUCUACUUCUACGUAAGAUCAUGUGAGCGCGGACGGUCGGUUCGGCGGAGGUGCGCGCGUGCCCAGGCCGCUCCGCAGAUGGCUCCCGUCGCCGCUUGAACUGAAGUGAAGGAUGUUCCCCGGCAGCCGCGCGAGAGCCGAGCGGGCUUUCUGGCGUAACGAGUCGUGUGUGCCGAGCUCUCGUUCCACCUCCGGAUGGCAGCCCGCGAGCCCCUGCGCGCCACAGUGACACUCGGCACACACACGGACUGAGGCUGAGCGAGCGAGCGAGCGAGCGAGCGCCCACCGUUCGUUCGUUCAUUCGUUCGGUGGUAUUUUGUGUGUCAAACGAGCCGCGGCGGGACUACCUGCCAGGGAUACGCCAUACGGUCCGGCGACUGCAGCUUGGAUUUCCAAGUGAUUUUUUUUCCCCUCAGUUUUUUUUUUUGUGAUUCCCUUCAUAUCGAGAACCGCGUCCAUCCAUGGAGCUGGAGAACAUAGUAGCAAACACGGUACUGCUCAAGGCAAGAGAAGGGGGCGGAGGCAAGAGGAAAGGGAGGAGCAAGAAAUGGAGGGAGAUCCUGCGUUUUCCACACAUUAGCCAGUGCGUGGAGCUGAGGAGCAGCAUUGAGAGAGACUACUCCAGCCUGUGUGUGAAGCAGCCCAUUGGCAGGGAGCUCUUCCGGAUGUACUGUGAGACCAAGCCAAAACUGAAGAACUGUGUCCGGCUGCUGGAUGCUAUGGAUCAAUACGAGGUGAUGCCGGACGAGAAGCGCAGGAGCCAUGGAGAGGAGAUUGUCUGCAGGUUCCUCACCACGCAGUCUCAGGAGUGUGUGCCAGAGGUGGCCGAAAGCUACGGGCAACUUUGCAGGCACAACCUGGAGCUGAGCCCCUGCAAGGAAAUCUUCAGCGAGUGCCGCAAGGCCCUCCAUGACUACUUAAGUGGGACCCCCUUCAUGGACUUUCAGGACAGCAUGUAUUUUGACCGCUUCCUACAGUGGAAGAUGUUGGAGAGACAGCCAAUAACAAAAGAAACAUUUCGUCAGUACCGGGUAUUGGGAAAAGGAGGGUUCGGAGAGGUGUGUGCCUGCCAGGUACGUGCCACUGGGAAAAUGUACGCUUGCAAGAAGCUGGAGAAGAAGCGUAUUAAGAAGCGCAAAGGCGAGGCCAUGGCACUCAAUGAGAAGCAGAUCUUGGAGCAGGUCAACAGCAGGUUUGUGGUGAGCCUGGCGUACGCUUAUGAAACCAAAGAUGCCCUUUGCCUGGUGCUGACCAUCAUGAAUGGUGGUGACCUGAAGUUCCACAUCUACAACAUGGGCACACCUGGCUUUGAGAAGGAGCGCGUGCAGUUCUACGCUGCAGAGAUCUGCUGCGGCCUGGAGCACCUGCACAGGGAGUCCAUAGUCUACAGGGACCUGAAGCCAGAAAAUAUUCUCUUGGAUGACAACGGCCACAUUAGGAUAUCGGAUCUCGGACUCGCCAUCAAAGUGCCUGAAGGGGAAUUGAUUCGAGGAAGAGUAGGAACUGUGGGAUACAUGGCUCCGGAGGUGAUCAGCAAUGAGAAGUACGCCAUGAGUCCGGACUGGUGGGGUUUGGGCUGCCUCAUCUACGAGAUGACAGCUGGGCGCUCGCCAUUUCGCGCACGCAAGGAGCGAGUCAAGCGGGAGGAGGUGGAGCACCGUGUCAUGGAGGAGCAGGAGGAGUACGGCAGCAGGUUCGCAGAGGAUGCAGAGGCCAUCUGUAGAUUGCUGUUGACCAAAGACCCGAAGCAAAGACUGGGGUGCCAGUCGGACGGCGCAGCGGAGGUGAAGGCCCAGCCCUUCUUCAAGAACAUCAACUUCAAGAGGCUGGAGGCUGGCAUUGAGGAGCCCCCUUUCGUGCCUGAUCCCAGAGCCGUCUACUGCAAGGAUGUCCUGGACAUUGAGCAGUUCUCCACCGUCAAAGGUGUCAACCUGGACCAAACAGACAAUGAUUUCUAUGCCAAGUUCUCGACUGGCAGCGUCUCCAUUCCAUGGCAAAACGAGAUGAUUGAGACGGAGUGCUUCAAAGACCUGAAUGUGUUUGGCCCAAAUGGAUCGCGACCCCCUGACCUGGACUGGGACCAGCCACCCGAGCCCCCCCGACGCAGCUUCCUGGACAGGAUCUUAAGAAGAAAUCAUCCGGAGGUGUGCAUCGUUCACAGCAAGGUCUCAUCAGCCAGCGUGAACUCGGUGGACUCGAUAUCGAACUCUGUCCCAUAGUGACCGAGCGCCGUUCCACAUGGAAGGACAGUGUUCUUACAAGAGUGUAUUGGGCAGGUGUGCCGAGGUUGGCUCAUGGGAAGUGAAGAUACUGAGUCACACUAGGAAAAGAAACGAGAAGAAGAAUACAAAGUCACCUCAACGACCCUCAGGAUUGCUAAUGGAGAAGAGUCACUGAUGAUGGAAGAAGGGAAAAAACAAAUCAGGGGAUUGAUUUUUUUUUUUAUUUUUUUUUUUA